AAUGACGUAAUAGUGCGCAUGUGUACUAGCGGUGGGCGGAGUUUUCCAGUCGGUCAGGAAGAGGAGAAAGGCGUACAGAGAAACACCAAGAUGGCUGCUAUCAGAAAGAAGUUGGUGAUCGUCGGUGAUGGUGCGUGUGGGAAAACCUGUCUCCUCAUCGUGUUCAGUAAGGACCAGUUCCCAGAGGUCUACGUACCCACUGUGUUUGAAAACUAUGUGGCAGACAUUGAAGUGGACGCGAAACAGGUAGAGCUAGCACUUUGGGACACAGCGGGUCAGGAAGAUUAUGACAGGCUGAGGCCCCUGUCCUACCCAGACACAGAUGUUAUCCUCAUGUGCUUCUCUGUGGACAGUCCUGACAGUUUAGAGAAUAUUCCAGAAAAGUGGACUCCUGAGGUGAAGCACUUUUGUCCAAAUGUUCCCAUCAUCCUGGUAGGAAAUAAAAAAGAUCUGCGCAAUGAUGACCACACCAGACGAGAGCUAGCCAAAAUGAAACAGGAACCAGUCAAAUAUGAAGAUGGCAAAGAGAUGGCAAACCGCAUCAGUGCCUACGGCUACCAAGAGUGUUCUGCCAAAACCAAAGAUGGUGUGAGGGAAGUCUUUGAGAUGGCAACUAGAGCUGCGCUGCAGGCCAAGAAGCGUAACAGGAAGUCCACCUGCCUACUGUUAUAGGCACUGGGAGCAGAGGGGGCUGUCCUUAAGCACAGAUAGAGAGGACAGGCUCCACUGAAAUUUGACAGGGGGGGAUAUUUGGGGGUGGGGGAAUGGGAAAGAAAAGUUAUGCAGAUGCUCAAUUUCCGAUCACCCGGUUACCCCUAGCAAAGUGGAGCAGAUCUGAAAUGAUUCAAAAGACCACACACACCAUGGUUUUUGGACUCUUAAGUUGUGUGCCACUUUUCUUGCAUCAAUUUAAGUACAAAAGAAAAGAAAUCUAAUCUAGAAGUUUGCAGGGCAGGUUAUGGGUAUAAUUUGAAGUUGACUAGUUCAAAACAGGGGAGCAAAUGUGCCAUGAUGGAAAUUAGGAGAGAAAAGGUCGAUAGAAGGCCAAAGACACUGAGAACACAAGAGAAGUCAGAAAAGGACAUGAUUAGGUUUGAAUUUAGGCCAUCUCUAAGUAAAUUUUACACAGUAUCGCCUACAUGUAGUGCCUUGAGAGUGAUGGUUGUUGAGGGGUGGGGAUUCAUAACUUAGGGUAUUAUUUGUCAUUUGUAAGAGUCCACACCUCACAUUUGAAGGCUUUCUCCCUGUCACUGGCUUGGGUACUUCAGGCCCAUUUUCUGACUCAGGCGAUAUGCAGGGGUAUGCCUAAAGUUAGAUUGUAUGAGAUAUUUUCCCAUACAGAAUUACUUACCUGUACUUUAGAGUGUGUGUAUGCAUUUGUAUGGUAGUUUGUUUUUCUCCAGUGCAGCUCUGCAUGCAGUGAAUGUGUGUAUAUUUGUGUGGUUGUGUAUUAACAUGUGUCUACGUACUGUAUGCAUGGAAAGGCCGUCUGUGUCACUGACCUUAACCCCUGUUUUCCAUGCCAAAGUUACCCUCCCCCCCAAUGGCCACAUUUCAUGGCUCAGGUGGGUAAUGAAAUUAACAGCUACUCAGAGUGACAUAGAAACCUUCACUUUACUGGAAGACAUCAUACUAUAUAGCCAGAGGCACAAUCAGGUUAAACACAUGAGUUUUUAGGACCUUUUUUGAUUGUGUUAAUCAGUGGGUCAAAUCAUAAGUGGUGUAGCUGAUAAGUUUAAUAUUCUUUCAGAUAGAUGGUAGGCUUAUCUUAUCACUAUAUUAUCUGUUAUGUACUGUAUGUCUUACAAGGCCUUGUAAGGACAUGGUAAUGUUGUGUACUUCGAGUUUGCCUUUUACUCCAUUCUCCCCAUUCCCCUCUUUACUGAUAUUGUCAUUAUUGUACUAUAUAACUUUUUAUUGUUGAUGCCUAAUUUACUUCAUAUAUUUUAAUCAUUUUACUCGAUCCUGUUGUUAUGGUCAGCUUAUGUCAGUUAAAUGAUGAAUUGUAACCGCUGUCUCAUUUAAUUAAUAGAAAGUCAAGGUCAAGGGGCUGGGCCAGAGUAUUUUGAGGGUGGGUUGCUAGAGGGUUUUUUGUUUGUUGUUGUUGUUUUUUUUCGUUUUUUUCUUUACUGUGAUAUGUAUGGGUAUUUCUGGAUUUUUGUUUUCAUAAAGCUGGUAUUAGGGUUAUCUGUUUUAAGGUAUUUAUGUGUUCUUUGAUUUAUUCAUUUAUUAAUAUUUACCAUUUCCCUGUCUUUUUAAAUUACUUUCCUGUUUUUUUUUUUCCUAAAAUAAAAUUGCACAUAACAUGUCUAUAUAUCUGAUUGUUUUGUUUGUUUGUUUUUUGUUC